CGAGGUCCCCGAAGUGGCUUAGCGUCUCAUUGGUUCUCUGGCAUAUGACAUUGCGAGAUCAACAGCGCGGGAAUGUUUACAUCCAUCCGCACCACAACGACACCAUACCUUUGUACAUCUUGAUUCUUACCAUAGAACUUGGGCUUUGCCUAGGAAACUUUUAUCCCAAAUACAUCUAAUUACGAUGCCCCCGAAGCGAAAGAGUUCCGAUGAUGGACAUGACCACGACAACUCGCCCAGGAAGCGAUUUGCUUAUUUGAAGCCUCAAGUUCGUCGGGUCUCUGAACGAACAAUCAAGUCUAAAUGGUCCACACUCCCAGGCCCAAUGCAGGAGAAGGUUCGCGAUAUGUUUCGAGCUCUCGAGCGCCCGGUUAUAGUGCGUCAACAGAACGAGCGAAAACGGGUUGAUGCGCAGGCGGCUGUUCAGGCUGUGGUGAAGAAUCUCGGGAAGCGGCUACCUCGGAUGCCAUUCCCGCCAAUUACAAAGGAUUCAGUUUUUGAGUACGAGGCAGCACUCAAAGAACAUCGUUCGCUGGAGGCCAGCCUUGCCACUGUAACGGACAGCACGGAUCUGCUCAAAGCCGAAAUCGAAAAGGAAGAGGCCUUACUUGCGAAGGAAACAGAGCAAUUGCAGGAGUUGGAGAAAAAUGCUAAACGGGCGGAAGCAGAAAGGAAGAGACAACUGAAGAAUGAACACCCUGCACUUCGGCAGCUCAGCGUUCCCAGCCAGGAGAGCCACGAGCAUACUCGGUUCAUACUAGCUGGUGAAAUGGACGCACAAGCUACGUUUGAUGAGCUUGAAACCGACCCUGAGAUUAUGGGCUUGCUAAAACAAUUGAACGGUCAUCUUAAUUCCAUGCAGAAUAACAUAGCUCCUCUCACAGGCUUGAGUGAGGCGAUUACUCGGUCCCAGGUAGCUUUAAGCCUGGCUUCCCUGCCUGAGGAUUGAAUAAUCUCGAUUUCGACUUGCGUUUCAAAACUUCGAAAUCUUAUGCCGUAUUGCCAUAGGUGCAACGGAGCAUGAAGCAGGCUGGCCUAUUCUCUAAAUGAACCGUUCGCGUUGAGGGUCACAAGACUGGGAGGGCCUGAAAAAGGCAACAAAACCUUGUAUGAAGGGUUGGCUCCUGAAGAAUUCUUCAGCACUGCGCAUUUGAUCUGCGCGCACUUGCCUUUUUUUUUUUUUUAACCCUCGAUGUGUGAUAGGGAGAGUGCUAAAAUCGCCACCCACUGAAUCCUCUAUAAUAAACCAUCAGGUUCCCAACUCGGCACACAAAAUGCACGGCUCUAUGAUGGGUUGGAAAGCGCCCUCAUUUAUAGGGGGACAUUUGUCAGGAACUGGCCUUAUCUAGAGCAUGGUUGUGGAUCUAAUGCACUAUGAUAAUAUGACCGUGCGUUAGCGCGCAGAAUCAUGACGGAGUAGGUCCCGCUAUGAAAGGCCUGAGCCCAUGUUUCUCGUUCUACGCUAUAGUCCUUUUUCUGUGUAUUUAGUACUAUAUGUUAUGAAAUACUACAUUGGGACUGCUCGAUCCUCGAGAAG